AUGGCGAACAAAAAAGGGAAACAGGAAAUGGUCCAGGUUGACAAGUCGGAACGUGCCGAUUCACCCUUCUGGGCUGGCCGAAAUGCGUCCCUAAACCAGGGAUCGUCGAAGUUCUAUAGCUCGAAUACUGUUGUUGGCGCAUCAUACUCACAUGCCAAUAUUGUACAUGUCUUCUUUGGCAGACCUACCUCCUCCCACUCCGCCCCAAGAACACCACCAAAGCCAUCGGCUUCAAAUGUUGCAUCAAACUUGCCUCGACGGCCAGGAAACCUAGUUGCCUCACCUCCCCGGCAGCCCUACCCCGGCAUUAUGACCGAAGGGGUCGACGAGUGGAGCCGUGACCCCACGGAAGAUGAUGAUGAAGAAGAUGAUGAUGACGAGAUUGUGUACGAUGAUGAUGAAGACGAAUUCGGGCUCCCUAGUCUUGCUAGUAUGAGAAGGAAAAGGUCCGCGCCUUUGAAGGCCCAGAAUAUUGAUUUCAGUGGUGGGGCAGGCAACCCCUCAACACUGGGGUAUGGAUUAGCAGCCGCCAACAGGCAACGCGCGAAUAGCUCAGAUAUUGCGGAGGAGCGCGGUGCCCCGCUGUAUCCAACUGCUCGUAAGGGGGAUGAGAAGAUCCUCCGGCCUCAAUACAAGGACAUCUUACAAGACCCUGCUAAUGCUUUGAAUCUCAUCAACCACUCCCCACCUCCUAUAGAUGCUUCACCCAAAGAGAGGGACAUCCACUCGAGUCGCAUCACGCGAAUUAACAAGUUCAAGCGUAUCUUGCAAGCAAGUACGGUAUCUCCCACCGAGCUGCGGGAUCUCGCGUGGUCAGGUGUCCCGGAAGAAGUGCGACCAAUGACUUGGCAACUUCUCCUUGGGUAUCUUCCUACAAAUAGUGAGCGACGCAUUUCCACUCUGGAACGGAAGCGCAAGGAGUACCUUGACGGAGUCCGGCAGGCCUUUGACCGAGGUAGUGGGGCAAGCUCUGCAAACCCUCCUUCGACCAAGGGCCGUGGCAGAGGACUUGAUGAGGCGGUUUGGCACCAGAUUAGUAUUGAUGUUCCACGCACUAGCCCUCACAUUCCGCUGUAUGGCUAUGAAGCUACCCAGCGGUCUUUGGAACGCAUCCUUUAUCUCUGGGCCAUCCGACACCCAGCAAGUGGAUAUGUUCAAGGUAUUAAUGAUCUAGUCACGCCAUUCUGGCAGGUCUUUCUGGGUGUUUACAUAACCGAUCUGAACGUUGAAAAUGGAAUGGAUCCAGGCCAAUUGCCUCGGAGUGUGUUGGAUGCAGUGGAAGCAGACACCUUUUGGUGUUUGACAAAGCUGCUGGACGGUAUCCAGGACAAUUACAUUUAUGCUCAGCCUGGCAUUCACCGACAGGUCAGGGCACUACGAGACCUGACAGUGCGCAUCGAUGCAGCACUCGCAAAGCACCUAGAGCAAGAAGGUGUGGAGUUUAUGCAAUUUAGUUUCCGAUGGAUGAACUGCUUGCUCAUGCGGGAAAUGAGCAUCAAGAACACGAUACGCAUGUGGGACACGUACAUGGCCGAGGAGCAGGGCUUCUCUCGAUUCCACCUUUAUGUUUGCGCUGCAUUCUUAGUCAAGUGGACAGAUCAAUUGGUCAAGAUGGAUUUCCAGGAGGUUAUGAUGUUCCUCCAAGCAUUGCCAACGAAGGGUUGGACCGAGAAAGACAUUGAGCUCUUACUCAGCGAAGCAUUUAUCUGGCAAAGCCUGUUUCAAGACUCGCGUGCUCACCUCCGGCCUGCUGGCGAUGAACCUCCUGAAAAUGGUAUCUUUUAUUGA